AUGGCUCAGUAUUCAACAGUAAAUUGUCCUACCAAGUCAAUUGACCGACCUAGUCUGGAAUGUAUCAUCAAUCACAUAUUUCUUCCCCUCAAGUUGCCGCAAGGGAGUGACCAAUCCCUUGAGAACGACCUGGCCUUAUCCCAGGCAGUAUUCGAAGCUGCUAUCACCUUCAUUGACCUGCUGCCAUCCGAUAAGCUGCUGCUUUGGACGAGCACCUUGAGAAUGCUUCGCAAUCUCAAAGAUUCAAUCAGGUUCAGCAUGAUGUCUGCAAAAGAAGUCGAAUCUCAAAUCAAAGCUAUGAACACUGAAGAUGUCCUUGUAUAUUUCAUUCGCGCGCAAAACGCUGCGGUGGUCAUGAGAAAACUCGAAUCCGAGACCAUAUUCGAGUCAUUUGAGGUCUCUCCUGACCCUACCGCAGUGAUGGGCACAAAGGGAAAGCUGAUAUGCUCUUAUCCUGGACCUGCUAUCACAGUCCCAGAUAUGAACAUCAAUGACGCCACCUUUCCCGCCGAGCUGGCGAAUUUUCUCGUUCACAUGGAUCAAGAUAGAGAAACCACGCAUCCGCGAUAUAUCACGGAACUCCUGACCGGUAUACUGCGUGGCCUCGGGAGCAUCGCUGAUGUCCCUCGCAUCCGCAAGCGCAUUGGAGAUGAUGUGCUGUGGGACAGCGCCAAGUUGCCGUGGAGGCGGUCUCCACUUUGGCUUGUCAUUCGCGUUGCCUUACAGACGACUCUGGAGCGCAGUACUCUCGGACGGACAACGUAUAAAUCAUUCAUGCUGUUUUUCAUGGCGAGGCUCACAACCCUUGCCCUCGACCAUAACAUGUCGAAUGACAUCUUACACUUCAUAUCGGCAAAGAUCGCACGCCGUCUUUUCAAGCUCGGAUCCUCUGCUUCUCCAGAGUUAUCGCAGAUGGUCACCGUUGUUACCAAGGAUGUAAGGAGUGUCCUGGAGGAAAGAUGGGGGUCUGUCGAGAACGCACAACGGGCCUCGCCUCUUUGGGCUCCGGAGACCCUCCAAAUCUUGCAAGAUACCCAUCUUUCCUUGAACACGAGUCGACAGUACAUACGCCAAGCUUUGCAGAACCAGCAUUCAUCCCCUCAGACAACCUCAUUCAAUCCCAGCCACCACACGCGCGGGACAAUCAAUAAUUUCCUUGACACCAAAGCUAGCUUCCUGAUAGCUGCUCAUGCCGCGGAACCGUCUCUUGCCCUUGCAGACUUCGAGACUUCUAUUAGUUCGGGGAUUGACGACUGGGUGGCACGCAUUCCACUCCGGAGUAUCGAUUCCGCAUGCAUCUCGAUUGAGGCAUGCGCCUCUGCGUACUCCUCGAGAGCGCUUAAGGCUUAUAAAGGGAACCCGGAGAAUUUGUCUAUCAUGCUUCUCACCCUUUUUGAGCUCUGG